CUUAAUUUUCAAAUUUCAAAAUUUGUUCAUCUGAGCCGUAAAUUCACUAUAUUACAAACCUAAAACGCUUUACUGUAUUUUUUCUUCUCAUUUCAUUUGUGUUCCAGAUUUACUCAUUUUAAUUUCUGCAUAUUUUGUUGAGAUUUGAGUUUGAAAAUGCGUGAAAUCCUUCAUAUUCAAGGUGGACAAUGCGGUAACCAAAUUGGUGCCAAGUUUUGGGAAGUUGUUUGUGCGGAACACGGCAUUGAUUCUACCGGACGUUACAGCGGUGAUUCUGAUCUCCAGCUUGAGAGAAUUAAUGUCUAUUACAAUGAGGCUACCUGUGGAAGGUUUGUUCCUAGGGCUGUUCUUAUGGAUCUGGAGCCUGGUACCAUGGACAGUAUCAGAUCUGGUCCUUAUGGACAGAUCUUCCGUCCUGAUAACUUUGUUUUUGGACAAUCUGGUGCUGGUAACAAUUGGGCUAAGGGACAUUACACCGAAGGUGCUGAAUUGAUUGAUGCCGUUCUCGAUGUUGUUCGUAAGGAAGCUGAGAACUGUGACUGCAUUCAAGGAUUUCAAGUGUGCCAUUCAUUGGGUGGAGGAACGGGAUCUGGUAUGGGUACGCUUUUGAUCUCAAAGAUCAGAGAAGAAUACCCAGACAGAAUGAUGCUUACCUUCUCCGUUUUCCCUUCACCUAAGGUUUCUGAUACUGUUGUUGAGCCUUAUAAUGCUACCUUGUCUGUGCAUCAAUUGGUUGAAAAUGCUGAUGAGUGCAUGGUUCUCGACAACGAGGCUCUAUACGAUAUCUGCUUCAGAACCCUAAAGCUUACCACCCCAAGCUUUGGAGAUCUAAAUCAUCUGAUAUCAGCUACAAUGUCUGGUGUCACCUGUUGCUUGCGUUUCCCUGGACAGUUGAACUCUGAUCUUAGGAAGUUAGCUGUGAAUCUGAUUCCAUUCCCUAGGCUCCACUUCUUCAUGGUUGGUUUUGCACCACUGACUUCACGUGGUUCUCAGCAAUACAGGGCUUUGACAGUGCCAGAGCUUACACAGCAAAUGUGGGAUGCCAAGAACAUGAUGUGCGCAGCUGACCCACGUCAUGGAAGAUACUUGACUGCCUCUGCUAUGUUCAGGGGUAAGAUGAGCACGAAAGAAGUGGAUGAACAGAUGCUCAAUGUGCAAAACAAGAACUCUUCCUACUUUGUUGAAUGGAUUCCAAACAAUGUCAAGUCAACUGUUUGUGAUAUCCCACCAACCGGGCUUAAAAUGGCAUCUACCUUCAUUGGGAACUCAACAUCCAUUCAAGAGAUGUUUAGGCGUGUGAGCGAGCAGUUCACUGCUAUGUUUAGGAGAAAAGCUUUCUUGCAUUGGUACACUGGGGAAGGAAUGGACGAGAUGGAGUUCACUGAGGCAGAGAGUAACAUGAAUGAUCUGGUAUCUGAAUAUCAGCAGUACCAGGACGCCACUGCUGAUGAUGAGGGAGAAUAUUACGAGGAGGAAGAUGAAGAGGAUAUCAAUGAGAAUUAACCCCAACUUCCUGUUGAUGUUCUUUCGGCAGUUGCAAUGUUCUAACAAGGGACAUGAUCGGAGAAAGACUCUGUACGUGAAAAAGACAAGCUGUCGCAACUGCUAACUCUACUGUGGCUGGUGCAUGUCUUCUCAUAACAACAGACUCAGCUAAUGGCCCCAUCCAAAGGGUUUGUAAAUCUACUCCUAAGUUAUAAAGGAGUCUUUAGUUUGAGUAGUAUUAAUUAGAGUUAGUUAGUCGAAUCAUGUAUGUUUUAGUCUAGCCUCUUUACAUCAUUGUUUUGAUGUUCUCUUGGGUAGAGUUGCCUAGGAGUGUCAAUUAGAAUUAGUUGAUGUAUUGGUGCAACAAAGUUGCUGCUUGUUUAUGCUCUUAUUUUCGAGAUCUGAGUUGGUGGCUAGAGUUAGCCUUGUUGGGUUCUUGAAGUCUAGAUCAACUAGCGUUAGUUGGUUUAGUGGACAAUAGAGUUAUUGUUUAGCUUCCUUUGCAGUAGAGUUGCUACAGUAAAGUGAAAGGGAUUAAGAGUUUAAUUCAUAUGUUGCAAAAGUUUGUAAUAUGAAGCUUUUUUCGUUUUGGGUGAAAUGGAGUUUGGGUUGAAUCCCGCGAGUACA